AUGGCAGUCCUUCCUUCACGUGCCAUGUGUGUUCGCGAUCGUUCAGCCGCAGUUGAACCCCCCCGUCGUCACAGUGAUCUCCUCCGCCGCCAUCUGACGCUACACGAUGGCUCCGCCCCCUCGGAUUCUAAACGAGUCCGGGCAUGCGAUGCAUGCCAUGCCAGCAAGAUCCGAUGCGAUGGAGGCGUCCGGUGCUCCCUGUGCACCAAGCGAGGCAUAGAUUGUGCCUUCACCAGAGGGCCUGCCCCUAAUGUUGCCGCCAAUCCGCCUCAAGGUAGCGCCUCGUCCCUGCAUUCGGGUCAUGGAUCCCGCUCUCCAGAUCCUCCCGGAUCGGCCCACACAGAGGCUCCAGCCUCUACCGGCGGCUCUCAGCCCGAUAUCAGUCAAGCUGUACCCAUGUCCUAUACCAUGAAUGGCACAGCACCGGUGAUCCAGGGGACACAGCAACAAGACGCGCCUUUCAUUGCCAUCGAAGGACUGCAGCUAGUACUCGAAGCUGUUUCCAGGCCAAGGUCAUCGGGAUCUUCGUCAAGGAUUCAGCGGCCACUCACCCCGGAAGUGAAGAGCUGGUCCGCGUCGUGUAUCAAGUCGUACAUGGGCCGCUUCCAUGACCGGUGGCCGGUACUGCAUGCUCCCACUUUUGAGCACGAGGUGGAUUCCGUUACACUACGAAGCAGUGCUAUCAUGAUUGGCUUUUGGCUGCAGAAUGAGACUGGAGAUGAUAGUCUUGUAUUCGAUAUUCACAACAUUCUCGUCAAACGCCUGCUCGACGAGUUGACAGAAUCCACCGCAGAUCCAAACGCCGUCUGGCCUCUCCGGUCACUCCAAUCAUCCCUGUUGAACAUCAUUUUCGCAUUCGAAAGUGGCGUACGUCUUGCUCAGACAGCUAAACCCCCAUGUACCCUCCGCGAGACGCACAAACACGACAAUGCUGACCCAUCUUCGCAGCGCGAGAGAAACAUGAAAAAGGCCCGUCUUCUCUUCAGCCUCCUCAUCACUGUAUUUCGACAACUCAGAAUCUUCACCACCGAUGCCAUCGAUCACCAAAUAAGGAUCCACUUCAGCGGCGAUUUCCCUCCCUGGGUGUUUUCCAUGAAGGAGAAAUGGAAAAGACUCGUCACAAACAUGUUCAAGCUCGAUACAUAUAUAUCUCUACUCACCCAGCAACCCCCGUCCCUGCAGCGCGAAGAAUUGAGUCUCAGCCUUACAUCCACGUUCGGCCAAUGGAACGCCUACGGCCUCGACGUCUUCUUCAGGAGGUGGCCCUCGGAACCCAUGGAACGCGCCCAGUAUAGGAUAUGCGACCUCGCGCUGGGAUCUCAGCAGCCAAUCUCGCCCGUCAUCCUCGUCGAGGACCUGCAGAUUCGCAUGAUGGGCGUGACCAACUAUGUCUGGAUCCUCAACAAGAUGCGAGGAAGUCCAAACCCAAACCUGUGCGUAUCCAGCGAACAACGAGAACUGAUCUCGGCCCGCCUCAAGCGCUGCAAGCUGCAGCUCGACGGCAUGACUUCCAUAUGGAAAGAACCGGAACAGCACAAAAUGCACAUUGACUUCCUUCUGAGGGCCUACUCGGCCAGGGAGGAGCCCUUCCACGAGGACUGGCAGAAACCCGCUCGGGACCGCUUCUUCUCCUUCGUCUUCAGCGCCACCAUGCUGUACCAUCUCCUCAACAUGCACAUCUACGCCGACGUCCACAGCUACAUGCAGAGCCUCCCCGUCGUCUCUUCCCAAGGCGUGACCCCGGCCAACCUCUCCAACGCACAUCCCAUCAACAACGCCGAGAUCCACGACUGGGCCACAUCCCAGGACGCCCGGAUCGCCGUCUCGCACGCCCUCUUUGCGUAUCGCGUCUACGGCUCCACCACGUCUCCCUCUGACCUGAAAGCAGAGGUGCUCGAUCCCAUCGCACACAUGACCAUCGCGGCGGGGGCUGCCAUCCUGUGGACAUGGAUCCAGAACAACGCGUCUGCAUGUACGUGCAUGAAUCUGCCCAUCGCCGCCGAGCUGGACUUUGGAUUUGUGCCGUUGGGCGCUGGCAAGAGUCCCGCGGUGGACCAUUGGAUACGACACGGAGGCACCAUCUGGCUGCACGGAGUCCAUCUGUGCAAGUGCAACGUGGACGUUUGGCUCUCGCCCUUUGCGGCGAUUCUAUCCCACGGGGCGAAGAAGUGGGAGAUAGGAAAUGUGUUUGCACAGAAGCUGUGGUCACAACUUGGACUUCAACGGUCUGGUUGA